AUAAUACCCGGCUCUGUCAGUUAAUCUGUGGUAAUAAACAGUGAAAAUGAGUGAUCAUAACGAUUAUUUUACAUAUGCAGAUGAGAGCCAAAAUGAAAGCCAAAUUUUAUUUUCUUCAAAAGCAGACGAGGAUGCUUUAUUGAUAGAUCUGGUUAAAGAUUAUCCACAUCUUUAUAACAAGGAAUCGAGAGAUUUUAAAGAUAUACUAAAAAAAAAUAAUUCAUGGGAAGAAAUUGCAAAAAUCUUAGAUGCCAAAGUUUCAGAUUGUCAAACGAGAUGGUUAAGUUUGCGCGAGCGCUACUCUCGAGAAAAAAAAUUACGAGAAAUAGAUACGAGAAGUGGAAGUGGAAAUGUAACAAGACAAACAUUUCCUUUAUAUGACCAGAUGAAUUUUUUAUACACAUUUGUCAAGAGUAGGAAAUCUAUAACCAAUAUAUCACACUUGGCCAAAGAAUCAUAUCCUAUCAACGUGUCAUCAGAAAAGAUAGAUUCCACAAGUGUAUUAAGAAAUAAAAAUCAAUCUAGUGCUAAUCAAGAUAAUACUAUCAUCAAAAUGUCCAAUAAAGCAUUAAGGACUGAGCGGACAUCAACAGAAACAGCUUCUUCCAAUUCAUCUAUGUCUUCUACAUUACACUCUCGAUUUCUCUCUACGUCACUGUUCAGUUACGAACAUUAA